AUGGCAACUCCCCUCAUAGCGAGGGUAGAGCCCCGACCUGCUGUUUUUGCGGAAGAAGUUCCUCUGUACGCGUCCAGGUUCAGGACCAGCCCUUCACCCCCUGGCAUACAGGAGCCUCGCCAAAUAUUCGUGGAGCGUUCAAAUAGACAGGACAGAAAGCAUCGAGCAGCGGAGAAGCGGUCCGCAUCUGUAUCCCCAGAGUCGGAAGCAAGCGAUGUCGAAGAUCGUGCUCGUGGCAGGUCCCCCAGUCCUCCUGCCCGCGUGAGAACAAGGACUCGCUCGUGGAGUAGAUCACCAUCUGUGCGAGCCAUAUACCCGUUUACUCGGGAAGCGAUAGAUUGGGAAAACUACGAAGACUUUAGCUUCGAUUGCAAAUCCGAGGCGCCCAAGAACAGCGACUCCCUAAGUUUUGAUACCUCGUCUGCUGACCCGGACACUUCACCAGUCGAUGCAAAUCGAUUGAUGGAUGACUCGAGAGUCAAACAAAUUUAUUAUUCACGCUACACAGGAGAUGCAGAAACGGGAGGUAGCCACACAGCUCAGCUCACCGAGAUACACAAUGGCAGUGGCGAGCUCUUCAAAUGGCUACAUAUACAACAAGAGGUCAUGAAUUUUGACGAGUUCUGGGCUGAAAUCCCACGUCGAGUCCAUGUGUCAGACAUGGAGAGACGGGCUACGAAUCGACUUCGCGCUGAUGUCACCCGUCUGUGUGUAAAAACGCGAUUCAAUCCCAAGGGUGUUAACGUUGGCUACCUGGAGCCUCAAUUUUUGCAAACACCACUUGAGCCCCCAAAGAAGAAGUUCGACCUAGAUCGAGACGAGCCCCCACCGACCAUGGCCAGAUGGCUUUGUAUGCCAUUCUUUAUACUGAAGCAGUACUCUGGACUCUUAGCAGGCUCCAGUAUGGCUUCAUUUCCUUCUCAGACACUGCUACAAUCCCAGUACUCGAGGACUACAGAACAGAGGGAUAUGCAGCAAGCAGUGUGCGAGCUGGGCAUUGCAAGCAAAGGAGAAUGCUUUCAUAUUGAGCAGCUGUGGUGCUUGAUGAUCGGCGACAGUCUACUUGUUACUUGCGGCAGUAUGUCACGAUCGAAGCUCGAGGGCAAUGUGAUCAAGCUUACGUCUGAACCGUCUCGUGCAUUAUCGGUUGCUUCGGCACCAGGACGAAUACUGGUCAGGCAUGGGAGCUCCCUGACCUGGAGCUUCAGCCCCGAGCAGUGUCCCACGUGGUUUGAUUUUAUUGCCCACUUUACGGCAUUUUGGCCUAUGAUGUUGGAAUUCAAAAAGGAAGAUACUGUCUUGUAUGCCCGAGAUUGGCCAAAGCUUCUCAGAUUUCUGAGUACCAAGCGUCACAAGAAUGUGGUGCUGACUCUGACGGCGGAUCGUGAAAGAUCUGUAGCAUCUCGUGCUCUUCCAACUGCAGAGGAGGAGGCCGCAAAAGUAAGCGCCACUACCAGUGACACACUGCUGCACACUUUGGCCCUCAUUGUUCAAAGCAGCGAAGGAGAGGAGAAACCACCUGUGAUACAAUCUGAGCUGAGACUGCAGCUGGAAGCAGCUGAUAAGUUCUUGCUGGAGCAGCCAGCAUACGCCACGCAAGCCGCUUACAGCAGCUGCACGGACAUUACGCACAAGGCAGUACUAGAAAAGCUGAAACUGCAGGGUGUGAAAGUUGAGGACGAAAAGGAUGAUGUCCGGAAGCGUGAGUACGAAGAUGGGAUAGAGCUGUUCAACAUUGCCGAGUAUCUAUUUCAACUCUUCCUCCCACUGGACUGCAAUGGUCCCACGACAGGCAAGUUUUGGGGUGCUGUUUUGGACUUGGCUAGCGGUGCUAGAAGCGCGCAUGGCAAAACGACCGAAGAUGCACCCCCGCGACGCGGACGGCGCGAUUUGCAAGCACACCAGGAAACUAUUUUGAGGUCCCUACGCUUGAUGUUCCCCAAGAUUAAAGCUUUUCAAGCCAUCAUGUCGCAUGUACCUAGUCAGUACCGCCUCAAACUAGAGGCACCGCGGCAGUUUGUCACUGCUUGGCUCCAUAUAGUCAGCGGUCUGGUCUUGUGUCGGGCCGGAGACGCCGCAUGGGAGUCACACUUUUCAAUUGCCGAAAGAAGACUGUUGAGUGAUGGAAUGGACACGAUGAUCCAGGCGCUUCCAGCCCACGACUUACUCGACAGCGUCGUUUUGCAACCUUUUGAGAUUGCUUGUCUGGCAGUGCUCGAGCUGAUGCAGGACCGCGCGUCACAGCCCGACGACAUUAACGAGACGUACUCGCAGUAUCUGGCAUCUUUGGACAACGAUAUUACCACGAAGCCGUCUGAUAGAUCGUAUCAACAUCGAAUCGACCUUGUCAGGCGAGAGCUCUCGGCGGUGCGAAGGACGGUGACGCGUCAGCGACACAUCAUUGCAACUAUGAAGCAAACAAUGUACCGAAACGCGAUGAAUGACUUCUUCCGAGGCGUGGACGAUGAUGCUUAUAUUCCUCGUGCCAGGUAUGCUCACCAUAUCAGAGGCACACGCAACGAGUACUACGCGGAAGGCCGAAAGGAAGAAGAGCACACUAGCUUUGAUGCGACUCUGAAAGUGUCUCCUACAGACAAGAAUGGCUUCCGGGGUCUGCUCUUGACGGAAAACUCGAGACAACUGGACCAGCGCGACUUUGAGUUUCGACGAUACGUGGAAUACGUCGAUGAUCUGGAACGGACUAUUGCCUUCAAGAUGAACUGGACCAAGGAUCGACAGGAGAAUGCCGUAUAUGCAUUCACCAUUGUCACCAUCAUUUUUCUGCCGUUGAGCGCGGUCGCUAGCGUCUUUGGUAUGAACACGUCGGAUGUUCGGGACAUGGACUAUAGUCAAUGGCUGUUUUGGGUGGUGGCACUGCCGGUGACCAUCUUGGUGAUUGUCGUCGGGCUCUGGUGGAUGAAUGAGCUCGGCAACGUGGUGCGGUGGCUCAGCGGACGGCAGCCGGACGUAGGCGGCUCUGUCAUGACGGGAUACGGAGGCGCCACGGCAGAGCCGGUAGAGGUUCGAUACUAUUCGGACGUGGAAGAGGAUAAGCCCCAGCGCUACAGUAGGAGGCAGACUUUUACGGAGGACGCAUUCAGCCCGUAUGAUGAUGGGCGAUGGGCAAGGCGGCGACGAGGACGAAGGACAUGA